GGCUCCUGCCCCCUUCAAAAUGUCAACUGUUUAUUUCUCUUCAUAGAUGCUGCUUGACUAGCUAAGUUAACUCAGCAUUUUGUGUUUUCUUCACUAUUUUCAGCAUCUGCAAUCUCUUGUGUCUAUGAAAGGCAAGUAAAUGGUUUCCCUUUGCAACUUGACACUUACAAUACCUGAGCUAAGAGUAAAUUUGUAGCUGACACGCAAAUUGCAAAUUACUUAUAUUUGGACAGUAAGGAGCAUAGUUUCAGGCACAGAAAGAUACUGAUCAACUCAGAAGUCAGGCCAAACAAUUUAACUCCAGUAAGUGCAAAGUGCUGCAUUUUGGGCAUGCAUAAUUAAUACCAGGACAGCAGGGAAGACUUAAGAAUUUUGCUGUACAAGUCAAAAGAUCCCUGAAGGUGGCAGCAUGGGUAGACAGGGUGAUAAAACAUAUCCUCAUUGGCCAGGGCAGAUGAUGUAUUAAGAGUAGAAAAGUUAUGACAGUUUGAUAAAACAUCAGUGAUGUUGUAAGUGUGCCAGUCUGGCUAUCACAGCAUACAGAGAAUGUGAUUGAUCUAGACAUUAACAUGUCCAUAGAAUUAGUGAAAUGGAAUUAGGUAAAAAAGCUCACUUUCAAUUUGGAAAUGAUUAAUGGAUGGAUGGCCUCCUUUUGCACCAGCAAUUUUAUGAUUAACUUCCUAAAUUUAUGUAACAGGCAAAUUAUUAUGGUAUAAACUCCACUAUCAGCAAUGCACAAGUUGACACUGUAGCUGACAAUUCCCUUCAUACAUAACCUAAACAUUCUAUCUCUGCAUUGUUGGUUUAUUACAGCAGCAAACCAUAUUGUCUGCUGUACCAUGAUGCACUGUAUGCAUCAGCAAAGCUUCUUUAGCAAAAAUCUCUUGGUUCUCAGUAUAAGAGCAAAUACAAUGAGUAUUGAAACACCACUAUAUCCGAUUACUUUCUGAGUGACUGGGUCACAGUUCAAGAAGAUAAUGAAAUAUUGUCCUUGCCACUCUCAAGAAUAAAAGUUCCAAACAGUUUUGUUAAAAAUAAGGUUUUCUCAGGAUUAGCGCACACUCAUAUUCUGCUUUUUAAAAAAAAAAUUCCUUCAGCUGUAAUCUCCUUUUUACUUUUCAGAGUUACAGAACUUUUUUUUUAAAAAAUGAACACUCUGAAGUUAUUAUUUUUAACUCAAAACACUCAGGUUCGGAUGCCUGAAAUGGAGCUGGCUUGGUUGUGAAUGCCAACUCUUAUGUUUCCCUGACCUUGGCAGCAGUGGAAACAUAACAUUUGAACAUUGAGAAUUGUACAGCAAUUUGGGAACUUGAAAACUAAAAAUAAGAUAAGCGAAACUAAAAGCAGAAAUGUGUGUUCGUUAACCAGUAGGAGGUCAGUUCUCUAGCCGGCGGUAGCUCAGUGCAGGAGUGUUUCGAUUCCAUUGAGCGCUGUCAGGGACAAUCCAGUGGUAUCGGGGGCGAUGCGCCAGCGAUUCGGUGCCGUAGUCAGGGGCUGCGGGCUUGUUUUGCUCCUCGGCAUUUGCCUCGGCCUAUCGAGCAAAGGGUCUGUACCCCCGCCGAGGCCCUGCCAUAGAUCCGAUGGGGCGAGCUGCGAGAAUCUAUGGCAGCUGAAGCAGCGGAUGGUACUGGGCUCGAACUACGAUCUGGUCCUGCCGCCGGCCGACGUGGACUCGGGCUCCCGAGCUGGCGACAGCCUAGCCUUGGGGCUCGGCUUGCGGCACGACUGGCAGCCGGAGCCCGGCAUGAGUGCGCCACACUUCACGGUCGACACGCUGGACGGGCCACUGACCUUCCCGCCGAGCCAGCAACACAGCCCGGCGUCGCUCAUCUUCCACGCCUUCACCAACAAAUCGGGUUUCCUGGAGUGCAUGUGGGCCUCCGAUUCGGCGCUCGCCCCCCUGGUCCACGCACUGCCCAACAACUGCCAUGUGGUCUUCAUGUCGUUCGACGACAACGCGCCGCGAGACGUCAGGUGGAUGAAGCAGCGAAUCGUCCAGGUGCUGGAGCGGAGAGUGAAGGACAUCGAGCGAAUUAAGGACUUGCUUUCUCGACUUCAUUUUGUACCAGUUCCUGUGUUUGCUCUGGGUAACUGGAUCCCUGCUGUCUUCUAUUCCUGGAGAUGUCAGGGGCUCAACUGUGGAUUCUCUCAAGUCGUUUUCACUUCAGCAGAAUUAAGUAUUGUUGGCAAACGACUGGAUGCAAGGUACGAUUGGAUAAUGAAAAGCUGGAAAUCAGUGCCAUAUACUCUCAGGGAUGGUGGAGAUGGUUGUGAUAUUACCCCUACAGUAAAAGGUGCUGUGGCUUUGGUGUCUGCUGAAGGGAACUGUUCAUACUUCACAAAGAUCAAAAAUAUGGAAAAUUCUGCAGCAUUCGGAGUACUGGUUUAUGUAAGUCUUGGGAAAGCACUUCAGGAUAUGAACUGUGAAGGAACUGAAUGCUUCACUGCCAUAAACAUACCAGCUUCGAUGAUACAUUUUCAGAAAGACGUGUUUGAUUCAUUAAGAAACCAUACAAAUGUGAAUGUGACCUUCCAGCACACUCCUUCACCUAAUUUUUUCUUUGGAAUUAACAUGGAAAGGAGGUUGUCAGAAAUGGGUUGGUUCCUCUAUCCAUCAUUUAAUUUUGUCGUCUGGCAAGCUGAAUGGUUCAGUUAUAUGAAAAAUUUGGAAACAAAGCUUCAGAGGCCAGCUUUUGUAAUAAACAUUUUCAAUGACACACUAAUGCAAGGUGACAAGGGAGCUGUUGCAAUUAUUGACCUUCCAAAAGAUCUAUCUUCAUUUAACCGUUUAGAACUUGAUGUUUCAUUGUCAUGUCCUGGAACAACAGAUGAAACCUGUGCUAUUUGGGAUCACAGAAUUGAACUUCAGGUGUGCUGUAAAGAGAACAGUUCAUACUGCGAUCUUGAACUUGGGAGAUGGAUCACACCAUUCCGCAGACGCAUUGGCCAUUGGUUAACAGAUGUCUCACCUCUUCUACCCCUAUUUAAUGGUGCAAAAUGCACGUUCACAAUGAAGACUGUGCCAUGGGCCAUGCCCUGGAAGCCAUCACUAAACCUUCGAUUCGGUAAAGAAAACCAAGUAUCGACAGGCUACAGUUCAGCACUGCACCCUUUUCAAUUACUGCGGCUCUUCAAUGGUGGCACUUUCAACAUUAAUUACAACAGGAAGUAUAAGCCUAUUAAAUUUACUGUGCCCCCCUCAACCAGGAAGGUUGAACUCUAUGCUGUGAUCACAGGUCAUGGAAGUGAUGAGAAUGGGUGUGGAGAGUUCUGUGUCACUUCGCAUCAUUUUGUUAUCAAUGCUGUUUUUAAUAAUUCAAGAACUUUUGACAAUGCUGGCACUUCUCUUGGUUGCGCUGACAAGGUUUCAGGAGGUGUGGUCCCGAAUGAACAUGGUACAUGGCUCUAUGGCAGAAACGGCUGGUGCGAUGGACAAGAUGUGGCACCAUGGAUAAGUGAUGUCACUAAGCAGGUAAACAUGAUUGGGUUAAACAGCAUCAUCUAUUUUGGCUGGUUUAAUGGCAAGGAUCCAAAUCCGAAACAGAACCCUGGAGAGAUUGUAAUGUAUUCCUACCUAGUAUUCUACAAGUAAAAUCACAUAUCAUUACUAACCAUGACUUGGUUAAUAUAAGCUGUGAAGGAGUUUGUCAUCCAACACUGGAUGUUCAUUGCUGAGCUAAUAAUCAGUUAUUAUUGCUAUCUCUAUUCAGUUGGCACGCCUGUUGAUGUUUCUGUGUUUAACCAUCAUUAUAACAAUGUUUUAGAAUGUCUGUCAUUCAAUCCAACUUCAAUGGGUACCGUACUUUCAUAACUUAAGUAGCUAUUUUCACCAAUGUGUUUUCAUGGACGAACAUUAAAAUAUAUAAAUCUGAAUCUUAUUCAAAGACCCACUUUUUCUGAAGUUAAUUUUUAUUCCUGGCUACAAUACAACUUUACCGCUUUGUAACAGUCAAAAUCUAUUUUACUCCAUGCUUUGUAUGACUGUAUUACUUUUUUAUAUAGUACUCUGAUGUUUCCUCAUUUUGUAAUCUUUCAUUUGUAAAUAGGAGUAAUAUCCACAUAUGUUACAAAGUACAAAAAUAGAAAGUAAAUUCUAUGUCACCAUAUACAACCCUGAGAUUUGUUUUUUAUUAUUGUGGGCUUAUGCAGUAAAUACAAGAAACACAAUAGAUUCACUGAAAGGCCACACCCAACAUGAUGUACAAAUGACCAAAGUGCAAAGAACAACAAUCUGUGCAACUACAAAGGAGAAAAUAAAUAAAUAAA